AUGGACAGCAGCAGCAGUAGCAGCCAAAAAGAUCAAAAGUCGCCUGGGUCCAAUCAUUUACCACCGCAUACCAGCCAUAAUCUGGCAGUGGCCGCUGCCGCUCAACAUCAGCAACAGAAUGUAGUCAGUGGUGGUGGCAGUAUUGGUGGAGCUAGUAAUACAAGUGGUCUAGGGGCAGGUGGUGAUCAACAACUACAUUUACCCCCACCCACAGCACAAAACGCCAUGAGUAGUGGCAAUAAUGGAGGCAACAGCAGCAACAACAUGGCUGUCCUUAUGUCAGGCUCAACAGGAAAUAUUAGCAGCAACAACAACAACAGUUCAGCGAAUAUCCAACUAAUGGCUGGUAGUGGUAAUCUCGCAUCAUCGGCUGUUGCUGCUUCGGCCUCUAUGGGAGGCAAUUUUUUUGUUAACAAUAUUUCCAAUAGCCCAGCAACAACGGCCGCCUCCGUCAGCGCCACAACCAUGGCGGCGUCUGCUGCCAACAAUAACAGUGACUUCGAUUCCGAUACUGAGCUUUCAAUUGUAGCUGCAGCAGCAGCGGCCGCUGCCGCCAAUUCCGCAACAAAUGGCUACACUUCCAAUACCAACAACAACAGCAACAAUAAUGGCAAUGUCAGCAGUAAUUCCAAUUCUUCCUCCUCGCUAAAUGCAAAACAGCAAAGGCAGCAGAAGAGGCGACGUGAACGGGCACUACGGCUACAGGCUGAACGUGAUAAUCGCAGUGCGACAAAUACAACAGCGAACAGCUCGAAUAGCUCGGCUGCGGCUGCGGCUGCUGCCAAUGCCAACUCCUCCAAUAUUAAUACCCUAUCCUCCUCAUCAUCCUCUUCAUCCUCCUCCUCAUCGUCCUCCUCAUCAUCAUCAUCGGGUAUUGCCUUAACAAAUACCACCCCAACGUCAUCAGCGACCCAACUGAAUGCCACCACAACGGGCACCAACAAUCAACAUCUCUAUCAGGCCAGCAGUGCCAAUAGCAUGGGCGAAGAUAGCAACAAUUCGAGUGGCAUUUUUACAACAAGUUCCAGUAGUAGUGCCAACAACAAUGCCCUACUACCACCCACAGACAGUAUUGCAUCGCUACUCCUAAAUCCUCCCCAUUCACCGGAUUGUCAUUCGGCAGGUGGUGGUAUUAUGGCCAGUCCCAGUGAUAGUGAGGGAGAAUCUUUGGACGAAGAUCUAUUAUCGACAUCAUCGUCUUCGACGUUGCUGUUGCCACGCGACAAACCAAUACCACGGCCACCGCCACCUGUACGCCGAAGAUUACCCCGUUCACCUGUCUUAGAAGAGGAAAUUAUCGAUGGAUUUGCAAUAUUGGAAUUUAAAACCUAUGAAGAUUUAGAGUUUGCAAUAAAAUUGGGCCAAAAACGUAAAGAGAAACGAUUAUCAGCGCUGGAAGAGCUGACAUGCACCUAUAGCAUUGAAGAAAUCAAAAUGCCAAAGAUCAUUGAUACGGGACAGCCGCAUCCAAUACGAAGUGGCAGUGGAGGAAACAGCAACAACAAUAAUAACAACAACAAUGGUGGUGGUAUUGGUGCUACAGCGGCAGGAGUUGUCACUGCGGGUUUGGGUUCGUUAAAUCUAAAUCACAGCAACAACAAUAGCAACAACUCUCAUCAUCAUUUACAACAACAUUUACAAAAAGAUACUAACAUGGCAAUGACACCGAACAGCAACAACAACAACAAUAGUAGCAGUAAUAACGGUAGUCAUCACAAGGAUAAUAAUAAUAGCAGCAGUAUUCGUAUACCCACAAUGAAUGUCAAUAAUCAUUCCAUGAUGAUGGUUAACAGCAACAACAACAACAGCUCGAACACAAACAUCAACAACAGUGGCCAGAAUAGUGGGAAUAACAACAACAUUAGUGUUAAUAAUUUAAGUGUUACCACAGAUGUGAAUAUGACAUCGUUAACAGCAACAACACCAGUUAUGGGAAGUGGAGCACCAACAGCCGGAUCGGCGACGGCUGAUACAUCCAAUUCACCCACAACACAACCAAUACCCAUGGAUACCAGCAGCACCACCACCACCCCCACCACGUGGAAGGAUAGUAGUGGACAAGCACAGCCACCACCACCCUCCUCAGUGUUUAGUACCCACAAUGGUACAGCAGCGGGUGUGUUGGGGGAUAACAACACCGGCGAUGAUCGUAAAACCCCUGCCACCACAGAGAAUGGCAAUGAUAGCAGUAUUAUGAUGGAUACAUGUGAUGGUAAUGCAGAUGCGGAUAUGGCCAUCCAGCAAUCACCAUCAACAGGUUUGGGCCCAGCCACACAAACGACAGCAGCGGGAGCUAUGGGUGCAACAUCAAUAGCUUCUUCGGCACUAUCAACAAAUUCCAAUGCCACAAAUGCAAUGGAUACCACCAUCGCCACCACAGUGACUUCUAAAGUCAACAGCAGCAACUCAAAUGAUAAAAGCACAAAAUCCUUGGCGCCAACAUUACCAGGAAGCCACCAUGCUCAUCACAUGGCAACACCACCAGCAUCAGCGGCGGCGGGCUCUUCAUCAACCUCAUCAUCUUCAUCUCCGAUGGUUGGUCCUUUAACACCAAAUAUGCAAAGUCCUUCCAUAGCGGCGGCAGCGGCGGCCAUUCAAACUUCAACACCUCCCUCUUCCACCUCCAACUCCUCCUGCUUCGCCUCAAACGCCUCAACGGCAACAAGUGGUGGCAGCAAUUCAAUGGAGAAAUUGUCGGCCGCCCAAUCACCCCAACAACAACAACUGCUGCAUUCACAUCAUCAACCACCACCAGCACCUCCCAGCAGCAGCAUGGCCAGCAUGCAUCAUCCGCAUCCAACCUCAACGGCAAGUGAUAACUUCAAAUCAAAUAGUAUACAUCCACAUCCUGGUCUGGUUGGGCCACCUUCCUUUAAGUCAAUGUCUUCAUUGGCCGGCAGUAGCAGUAGUAGCAGUAUACCAGGAGCAUUUAAUGUGAAAAUCAAACGCACAUUUAAUGGAUCAAAAGAUGCACAACAGCAGCACCAGCAACAACAACAAUAA